AUGAAUAAGUCAGAUGUAGGACAAAUUCAUGAUUUUUUCAAUGAGAUGAGUUCUGAAGAAAUCAAAUGUUUUAAAAUUAAACAAGCAAAACUUUCAGUAGCUUCCUCACCUUGGUCAACAUUAACCAACGAGGAAUUGGCUUUUGAUGAUGAUUUGAAUGUCCAAACACAAUCUCCAAAUCAAUGA